AUGAAACAUCAACAGGUGGUGCCGGACUAUGCGGCGAUGGUGCAAACUUCCGGCACUUGUCUGUGCUUGGUGUUUUCCGGCUGGGUCCUGUUCAAGCUUGUUCAGGCUAUCUUCUGGCUGCCGGGAUAUUUGGAGAAAAACCAGGGUCGGCUGUAUCGGCAGCUGGAUCCUCAUUCGGCCAGUGAUACUUCGAACGAAACUGGAAGCUCGCAUGAGAGUGAUCGACUGACGGACACAAACGAACCCGAGGAGACUGAAGAGAUUGGUGAAGAUGGGGGCGAAAGCGUAACUGACGAAUGCGAGGCCGACAGUAAGAAGGACAAAUAA